GUCGUAUUUUCAUGAUCUCGCCGGACGACAGCUGUUAGCUUGUUGACUUGUUAGCCUGUUGACACGUUAGCUUGUUGACUUGUUAGCCUGUUGACACGUUAGCUUGUUGACUUUUUAGCCUGUUGACACGUUAGCUUGUUGACUUUUUAGCCUGUUGACAUGUUAGCUUGUUGACUUUUUAGCCUGUUGACACGUUAGCUUGUUGACUUGUUAGCCUGUUGACACGUUAGCUUGUUGACUUGUUAGCCUGUUGACACGUUAGCUUGUUGACUUUUUAGCCUGUUGACACGUUAGCCGGUGAAUGUUCGCAGUUUGUGGAUGAAAUGCCUCGGGUGAUCGCGGAGGAGGAGCUUCGGACUCUGGCGGAAUGUCGGUACGUGUUUCCGGUGGAGACCCGCUGUGACCUGCAGAUGGUUCGCGCUCUUUACUCUGAUCUUCGUCUCUAUGUGGAUUUUUACUGUUUUCCAAACAAUGAGAAGAAGAAGCUGGUUUACCUGGCCGGGACACUUCCUGUUAACUUUGAAGGUGAGACCACAGGAAGUGAGUACAAUAUCCCAGUGUGCAUCUGGCUUCACGAGACGCACCCGGCUUCCCGUCCUCGGUGCUACGUCUGUCCAUCUUUCUCCAUGGUGAUGAACCCAUCCUGUCCCUGUGUGGACAGAUCCGGCAACAUCAGUCUGACCGUACUGGAGACCUGGACCCAUGGUGUGUCCGACCUAUCACUGCUUGUGUCAGAAAUGAGGCGGGCCUUCCAGGUGGACACACCCCUUUAUGCCAGGUGUCCUAAACAAGCCCCGCCCCCGCUAGGUGGACAGUCAGACAGCCUCCUUCAUCCCUCCUCCUCCCCCCCCCUCUCCUCAGCCAGCCAAUGGGAGCAGAGCAGGGAGGUGAGGAGAUCGUACACUGAGGAGCUGUGGGGCAUCGACUUCAGUGCUCCUCCUCCUUCCUCCUCCAACAGCAACCCUUUCCUAAGCUCCUCGUCCUCCUCAGGUGUCCAGCCUCUCAGCAGGGCAAUGGGGGCUAUGACACUGGAGUCCAGGAGAGGUCAGCUGGGUGACUCACAUGUUCAGAUGGGCCAAUCAGUAGCCACCAGAGACAGACACAAAGCGGGUUUUGGACCAGCACCAGCAGUUGGAGCGGGCCACAUGGAGGUGAGGAGGACCACAGCAGGUCUCGGUCCAUCUCUUGUGUUUCAGGUGGUCUCAGUUUUCCUCUGCCCCCCUCAGAUAGCGGCCCAUCUCCCUCCAGACCAGGCCGCCAUCUUCCUGUCUCUGUUGGCGAUGGAGGGGCGGAGCUUCAGCCCCGGUGAUGUCAUGGAGGCAGUCCAACUCAACAGAGACCUUCCGUCAGCCCUCAGGUUCCUGACUCACUGCUGCCCCAUCUGUCAGGACCAGGUGACCUUCAGCAAGAUCAUCACGAUGACUCACUGCUCCUGUUUCCUGUGUCAUGCGUGUUUCAAGACGUUUUUCUCGUCGGCCAUUAAAGAGCGAAGCAUCGAUCAGCUGGUCUGUCCUCAGUGUGGCCGACCUGAGGUCAGCGGUCAGGGGGGGGUGGAGGAGUCCAUGGAGUACUUCAACCUGCUGGACACUCAGAUCCGUCACUUCUUGCCUCAGGUCCACGAACUCUUCCAGAGGAAACUCAGAGAUCGAGCUCUGCAGGAGAUGACGAACUUCUGCUGGUGUGCUCACUGUUCGUUCGGGAUGCUUCAUGAAACGGACAGGUUGAGGAUGGACUGUCCCAGCUGUAAGAAGAGUACCUGCUCUCAGUGCAGAUCACCAUGGUCUCCUGAGCAUCAGGAUCAGUCCUGUGAGCAGUUCAGACUGUGGCAGCAGCAGAACCGUCCGGUCCACAGCUCCGCCCUGCUCAGCUUCAACUGCAUUGAGUGUCCCAGGUGUCAGUUGAUCUUCAGUCUGUCCAGAGGAGGUUGUCUCCACUUCACCUGCAGCCAGUGUCAGCAUCAGUUCUGUGGAGGCUGCAGUCAGACCUUCACCCAAGGAACCGCCUGUGGGUUCUCUGCCGACUGUGGAACCAAAGGUCUUCAUGCCCACCACCCCAGAGACUGUCUGUACCACCUGAGGGACUGGAGCGUGACCCGCCUACACCUGCUGCUACAGUAUUACAGAGUGUCUCCUUCCUGGUUGGAAUCAGCCAAUGACAGCUCAUCGCCUGACACUAGUGUGACAGUUUCAGGUGUGUGUUUGGUUUUGGAGCUGAGAGACGCCGGCAGCAGACGGGAGGAGUCCUGCGGACGACCUGCUGAACACAGAGGAUCCUGCCAGGUGCACUAUAAGGAGCGUUUGGUGGAGUUGAUCAACCGUUGCCGUGCCGACCCUGCAGUCCUCUUUAGUCUGUCAGAGUUGAUGGCAGAGCUGCAGCGUUGGCAUGUUGACAUGCCAACCAGGAAACCAGACGAAGCCGAGCCGCUGUACAUCCGCCGUCUCCGUCUGACUCUGACCAAUCGAGUUCCUCUCAGGAACCAAAGACGCUCGCCGCUCAAACUCAACAAUGACUUCUACCCUCUGACCUCUGCUGUGACGACUGGAGCUCCGUCCCCUCCCAACACGGCAGUCAAUCAGAUGGCAGUGCUCUGUCACCAUAGCAACCACUGACUUUACUUCCAGUGGUGAACUAACAAACUGACAUGGUUAGUGACAUCACCAGGCAGCUGGCGGCUUCUGAUUGGCUCACUUGUCAUCAUAGAAACACAGCCAGAGAAACAAUUAGAAGAAAAAUAAUAACAUGGACCAAAGAGAAGCCAAGCAGCCAAUCAGAGUUAAUGCUGAAUGUUGCUGAAUGUUGCUGAAUGUUAACGAGUUACCAUAACGAGCUAACAAUGCUAACAGGCAUAGUGGGCACUUGUUAGCACUAGUUAGCAUGUGUUAACGAAGACUGGGACGGGUGUUGGAUCUUCUGCACUUUAACAGUUUCAAUAAAUGUGAAUCUCAAACUAA